AUGGCCGGACACUCCCACUGGGCAAACAUCGCGCACAAGAAAGCCGCCAUCGACGCCAAGCGCGGCAAGGUGUGGAGCAAGCUCAGCCGCGCGAUCAUCGUCGCGGCGAAGGCCGGUGGAUCGGACCCGGACACCAACCUCAAGCUCCGCUAUGCGAUCAACGACGCCAAAGCGAUCUCGAUGCCCAAGGACAACAUCGAGCGUGCGAUCGCCAAGGGCUCGGGCGAGGCGGGCGGCGACAACUAUGAAGAGGUCGUCUACGAAGGGCAGGGCCCCUCAGGCGUGAUGGUGAUGGUCGAGAUCCUCACCGACAACCGCAACCGCACCGCCCCUGAGAUCCGCAAGGUCUUCGAGAAGGCCGGCGGCAAGCUCGGCGCGACGGGCUGCGCGGCCUGGAUGUUCACCCGCAAGGGGAUCAUCACGAUCCCCGCCGACCAGACCGACGAAGAGUCGCUGAUGGACAUCGUCCUCGAGGCGGGCGCCGACGACGUCUCGCUGCAAGGCGACUUCUUCCAGGUGACGUGCCCCGUUGAGUCGUUCAACGACCUCUGCGCCGCGGUCGAUAGGGCCGAGGGCCUCACGCCCGACAGCCAGUCGCUCGGCUACGUCCCCAACGACACCGUGACGCUCUCCGGCGACGACGCCCAAAAGGCGAUCAAGCUGAUGGAAGCCCUCGACGACCACGACGACGUGCAAAAGGCCGCGGCGAACUUCGAGGUGGACGAGGCGACGCUCGCGGCGAUGGGCUGA